UAAUAUCAGCCCAGGUGAUGAGCACACAAACCAUUCAAGUGCCUGAGAAUGAAGCAAUUGAAAUACCCUGUGCUGCAUAUGCAUCGCAAAGCGGAACACCCAGAGUCGAGUGGAAGUUUGAAAAGGGCUCUUCAAUAGCGCUGGUCUAUUAUGAUGGGAAAGUCACAGACCCCUACAAAGACCGUGUUGAAUACACACCUACGGGGAUUCGUUUCACUUUGGUGACUCGGAAGGACACGGGGAAGUACAUUUGCGAGGUCCUCUGGAGUGGGGGCAGUGGCCAACUAAGAAAGUCAGAAGUUGACCUCAUCGUCCAAGAAACAGAUGGCUUUCCACCUUCUACCUGCCAAUGCUACAGGGACAACAUCCUUAUGACCUCCAACCCCAAGAUCAACAAGAAAUUCAGGAACUCCUGCUACGCGAUCGACACCAAGACAGGAGUGCUGAUGAAUGAGCCCGUAACCAGCUUUGACAUGCGGGAUUAUUUUUGCGAGGCUCAGAACAACGUUGGGACCACUGAGAAAUCUGAAGCCAUCCACUUGGAAGCCAGAAACGUCAUUUCCUACAAGGACAUGAAGGUGCUGGUCGACAGCGGGAAUGCUCAGAUUAUCGAUGUGCGGUUGCCAGAAGAGGUGGCAAACGGCCGUAUCGCCAACUCGGUCAAUAUUCCAGUGGCAGAAGUCGAGGAAGCCCUGAAGAUGGACCCUGAGACUUUUAAGAUGAAAUAUGGCAUUGACAAGCCACGGAUGGAUGACGAGAACUUGAUCUUCUACUGCCAGAGGGGCAGAAGAGCGGCUGAGGCCACAAAGAUCGCCAUAACCAUCGGCUAUGCCAAGGCCCGUAACUACGCAGGCAGCUACAAGGAAUGGUCUGAGAAGGAGGGGAACUGAAGUGGGAACGACUCCAUGAGGGCUGGUGUCUGUCCCUCCAUUCCCAGCAGCUGGCUUGGCCCUGAGGACUCUUCCUUUGCUUCCUUGCUGCAACGUUGUCCCAUUGCUGCUGACGCCUGGUACUGGGAUGGGAACGCUCUGGUCCCUGGUGGGCUCUUGACUAACACACCUGAGAAGCUGCCACUCUGCUUUCUGCCUCACUUUCCAGCCCAGUGUCUCACCUGCUCCAAACGUAGUCACCCCCUGCCCCCAACAGCAGCUGGGGGUUCCAAUAUCUUAUUGGGGGUGGGGAGAUAUCUGCACCCCCCCAUUCACUGUCUCCCCCACCUCCCCAUGGAAUCUGGGACCCCAUCCAUAUGCUUCCCAUGGGGUAAGUCCUCAACUCUUAAGGAGGUAGAUUUGAUGAUCAUUUUCCUACCCCACUUCAUUCUCCAGCUGAAUCUGCUGCUUCCAGUUGUAGCCUGUUAUUUCUAGAACAUGCCAGGUGCCUCUCAGCCAUCUCUGCACGGGGGAUUCUCUCUGCAGCCACACCGGGAAAAGAGAGUUCUCUAGCAUUGCCUCUGAUGUAGUACAUGGCUCUGAUAAGGGGUGGCACGUAUGUGAAGGAAGGAAGAAUCCCAGGCACUGCUACAGGCUGGGGACUGACUAG